UUGGGUGGUGUCCGUCGUCGCUCUUUCUUUUUUUGUUUGUUUUGUUUUGUUGUUAGCCGCGAUGGUGGAACUGCUGGAAGGCGAGGACGGCUGGAGCGUGUCGUUCGCGGGAUGCGGCUUCCUGGGCGUCUAUCACAUCGGCGUUGCCACCUGCCUGCAGGAGCGCGUCCCUCGCCUCCUCCGCGACGCCCGGUGCAUUUACGGGGCCUCGGCGGGGGCGCUGGCCGGUGCCGUCCUCAUCGGAGGCGGCUCUCUGGCGCAAGCUUGUGCAGAUGUUUUCGGUCUAGCCAAAGAAGCCAGGAAACGAAAUCUCGGUCCUCUUCACCCUUCCUUCAACGUGAUAAAAAUAAUAAGAGACAGCCUCUGCAAAAAUCUCCCCGAAAACAGUUACAAAUCGUUAUCAGGGAAACUUUCAAUUUCUCUAACGAGAGUGUCUGAUGGGGAAAACGUAUUAAUAUCCGAUUUUAAUUCUAAAGAAGAAGUGGUGCAGGCCCUGCUUUGUAGCUCAUUUGUACCUGUAUAUUGUGGCCUCAUUCCACCUUCAUUUAGAGGGGUGCGCUACGUGGACGGUGGAUUAAGUGACAAUUUACCUCGCUAUAAUUUGAAGAACACCAUAACAGUUUCUCCUUUCUCUGGGGAAUGUGACAUUUGCCCCAAGGGGAACUCUGCAAACUUCCACGAGAUGCAUGUCACCAAUACAAGCAUUCAGUUUAGUUUAGGGAACAUGUAUCGUUUAACUCAAGCACUUUUUCCUCCAGAGCCCCAGUUGCUAGCUGAACUCUGCAAACAAGGAUAUUCAGAUGCUCUUAGAUUUUUGAAAGAAAAUGGUUUUCUGCAAGAAUCAGUGUCUGCCGACGUAGCCUUAACCAAGCAGGAAUAUCUGGGAUAUUCUCAAAUCUCAGGCUGCAGUGAUAAAAAAAAUGCAGCAAAUAAAGACAAAAAAGAGAUGCAAGAUGAAAAAGUAUUUAUUGAUCAGCUAAAGGCAACAUCUUGGCCAUUGGAUGGGACUAUCUUUGAGAAGUUGCCGCCUAGACUACAUAAAGCAUUACAAGAGGCUUGUAAAGAAAAAAGUGGACUCUACGCUCAACUUUCAAAAUUUCUUCCCAUGCGACUAAUGUCCUACAUGAUGCUACCGUACACUUUACCGGUUGAGUCUGCCUUCUUUGUGGCCAUAAGAACAUGUGGUGGCGCAGUGGUUAGAAAGCAGUACUGCAGGCUACUUCUGCUGACUGCCAGCUGUCUACAAUUUGGCAGUUCGAAUUUCACCAGGCUCAAGUCUUCCAUCCUUCCAAGAUUGGUCCAGUGGUUUCCUGACAUCCCUGAGGAUGUGCGAUGGAUGCAGGGGCAGCUUUCCCAAAUGAUGGGUUCAAUCUAUGGCCGAGCAAUGAAAGAGCUCCUGAAGACCCCAAGCAAAGUAAGUGAAAUCUUGCUUCGAAAAUGCCAGACGGCCCCAGGGAAGCCUUGCCUUCAUCUGUCCUACCCACCUCCUAAAGCCUCUCAGUCGUCCCCCAAUCUUGAAGAAUGGCUCUGGAGUCUCCCCUAUUGCGAAGACUUGAUGAAGGAGAAGGGUGCAGUUAGUAAUUCCGACAUCUCUGAUUCUGUCGCUUCCUUUUUCAUGGACACCGAAACAUCUGGAAUGUCUACGGAUAUUGACUCCUCCUCUGAGAAAAGUUUUUAUUCUGUCUCUGAAGAUUAGCUUGGGGGUGCUACGACAUUUAGGCAGGGAAAUUCACACCUUUGAGGUAUGUGUUCUGCUAGCACUUGGCCAAACAAUCUUUAGGAUGCUGCUUCUCGAUCUGAGCAACUUUGAGGUGCUAAGUGGAACUGGACUUCAAUUCAGCACCGUACUUACUACAUCUGAAUUCUGGGAGUUGAAGCCCACCCAUCUGAAAGUUGCUGAGGUUGGGAAACACAACUUUAGGAAGUCUUUGUUUACAACUCGGUUGCCUUUGAGGCAUCUUUUCUGGCUUCAAGGCAUGUAGGCUUCUUGUCUAGUUUCUGGAUAGUGGACGAAGGGUUGAAAAAGCCGAAACGCAAAAUAGAGCAUUAUUGCACCCAAAUGAAAAAAAAUUCAGCAGGAAGACAAUCUACAUCUCUGUUGAUGGUUUUAUAUUGGGAUUAGCAUUUGUAGCACGAUGUUAACUUUUUUUUUUUUUGGGUUUUAAAAAAAAA